AUGUUAGAAGAGUUGAGUCUGACGCACACUGAUAUCACCAUAGAGGGAAUUGAAGCUCUUGGACGCUCUUGCCCACGGUUGAAGUCGUUUGAAUUGAAUAGCAUUUACUGUAAAGAAGAUGGAAAAGAUGAUGAGGCUCUAGCUAUUGCUAAAAACCUUCCUACGUUGCACCAUCUUCGGCUCAUUGGGAACAGUAUGACUAAAGAAGGCCUUCAAGCUAUUCUUGAUGGCUGUCCGAAUCUUGUAUCUCUUGACCUGCGGCUCUGCUAUGAUCUUACCCUGCUCAUAGCCUUAAUUAGUGGUAGAUUUUCGCGACAGAUUAAACAUGUGAAGAACCCUUUCGACUCUUUGGAAGGUUUUAAAUAUGCAUUUGCUUAUGCUUAUCCGUAG